AUGGCGUCACGCCAUGCUGAUUACGAGCGCAGACGGUAUAGUCCGCGCCGUGAUCGCUCGAGAGACCGGCGAGAUCGGGGAGAUCGCUACGGUGGCCCUGGAGGAGGGAGGUACAGUGACGACCGACGUGGUGACCGCCGCGAUGACCGCCGCGAUGUGCGUCGUGAUGAGCGUCGUGAUGAGCGUCGUGAUGAGCGUCGUGAUGAGCGUCGUGAUGAGCGUCGUGAGUACCGACCUCGUUCACGUUCACCUGCACGCCGUGAUCGUUCCAGAGAUCGUACGUACAGGCGCGACGACGACCGUGAUAGGCGCUCCAAUUCGUACAGGCCUGGUUCGCGCUCGUCUGGCAGGCCCGGUUCUCGCUCAUCUGCCACGCCGGCGCCCGACAGCAGACGCGACCGCCUAGACAGUACCUCACGCGAUGAGAGGAAGAAAGACCCAGAGACAUUAGCCAAGGAGAAGCUGGCAGACCGCGCUGCAAAGCUCGCUGAGUGGAAGAAGCGCAAUGCUGAGCGUCUUGCCAAAGACAAGACAGAUACGCCUGGUUCUGGUGCAUCGCCAACUGGCAAGGCGCCUGCAACACCUACAGUUGUUGCGACGCCACUGCCAGUCCCAGCAGCAGAGGCUAAAUUUGAAAUUCCAAAGAGUAAAGUUCCACAGAAGAGUGCGACUGAGAAAGUUAAACAGAAGCAGCCGGAGAAAUCCACCUUCAGGCUCGAUGCGUCCGCUGCAGCAAGGCCGCUAGACCUUGCGAAGCCCGCCGGCAAGGCAGUCACUAGUGCUGCGAGUAGUAUGCCACCCUCGCCCUCUCCGAUCAUGAAACAGAACCUGACAGAAGAACUAGAUUCCGGUGCCUUAAAGGCCAACGGUAACAUCGGUUCUUUUGGUCUGAAAACCAAGACUGCCGCCGAGGUCGAGGCUGAGACUUCGAGGAAGGCACUUCUCGAUGAGGAAGGCCCCACUCGCAAGCGCAAGUUCCAAGCUCUACCUGAGUUCAACAAUCACGACGAACCCGAGUCCGAAGCUAACGGCACCGAGGACGAUACUGCUAUGAGCGCUAUCGGUAGUGAAGAUGAAGAGAACAACGCUGAGCUACAGGCACGCCUUGAGAAGCGUCGCGCCGAGAUUGCUAUUGAGAAUCAGCAAGAUACUGUCAUGGAAGAAGCCCCCGACGUUGUCGCAGCCCCUGCCGCCGACCAAAUGGAGGUUGACCAACACACAGGCGCCGAAGAAGAUGACAUUGACCCUCUCGAUGCCUUCAUGGCUGAUCUCAACGAACCACAGCCAAGCCGCAACGCGCCUUCCGGUGAAGCCAUGUUCGCCGAUGAACUUGAGCCUAUCGAAAUGUCCGUUGCAGACGAGGACAUCAACCAACUCCGUGCGGUCAAGAAGAAGAAGAGGGAAGUCAUAACUGUCGAUCAUGAGAAAGUUGAGUAUGAACCGUUCCGAAAGAACUUCUACACGGAGCCAGCCGAAAUAUCUCAGAUGAAGCCUGAGGAAGUCGCUGAUCUCCGUUUCGAAUUGGACGGCAUCAAGGUAAAUCCUGAUAAUGUUCCCCGGCCUGUAACCAAGUGGGCUCAGAUGGGCCUGCUUCAAGCUACCAUGGAUGUAUUCACACAGGUACGCUAUGAGAAGCCAACUGCAAUUCAGUCUCAGGCCAUACCCAUCGCGGAGAGCGGCCGCGAUCUCAUAGGAGUAGCCAAAACCGGCUCCGGAAAGACACUUGCGUUCGGUAUACCUAUGAUUCGUCACAUACUUGAUCAGCGUCCUCUGAAGCCCUCUGAUGGCCCCAUUGGACUAAUCCUCGCCCCGACACGUGAAUUGUCCUUGCAGAUUGUUCAUGAGCUCAAACCUUUCCUUGCUGCUUCCGGUAUCACGAUCAAGUGCGCAUACGGCGGUCAGCCUAUCUCCGAACAGAUUGCUAUGCUAAAGCGUGGUGGUAUACAUAUCCUGUGUGCCACAGCAGGACGCCUCAUUGACCUAAUCUCUUGUAAUUCUGGUAGAGUGCUCAGCUUCAAGCGCAUCACUUACGUUGUUCUCGACGAAGCUGAUCGCAUGUUUGACAUGGGCUUUGAGCCGCAAGUAAUGAAGAUCCUUGCCAAUGUGCGGCCCGAUCGUCAGACCAUUCUGUUUUCGGCCACGAUGCCGAAGAACAUGCAUGCUUUGGCGAAAAAGGCUUUGAAGGACCCAGUAGAGAUCAUCAUCGGCGGUAAGAGUAAGGUUGCUGCGGAGAUCACCCAGAUCAUCUCUGUCGUACCCCCUAGCUAUGAUAAGAAGAUCAACAACACACUGCUUCAUCUCGGCCGACUGUUCGAUGAAGACGAAAACGCCCAGGUAUUAAUCUUUACUGAGCGACAAGAGACGGCCGAGGAUCUCUUGUCAAAGCUGUACAAGGCUAAGUAUUUCUCUGUCAACACGAUCCAUGGAGCUAAAGACCAGACCGAUCGUAACGAAGCGAUCAGUGACUUCAAGCAAGGUGUGCUUUCCAUUUUGAUCGCUACUUCAGUUGCAGCCCGUGGUCUAGACGUCCCAGGUCUGGCCAUGGUCUUCAACUUUGAUUGUCCGACUCAUUUGGAAGACUAUGUCCACCGAUGUGGUCGUACUGGCCGUGCAGGCAACAAAGGAACUGCUAUUACUCUCAUUGAGAAUCCCGGCCAAGAGCGCUUUGCAGUUCACAUCGCCAAGGCACUGAAAGAGAGUGGUACAGAGGUACCUGAAGAGGUCCAGCAGAUGGCUAACACAUUCCAUCAGAAGUGCAAAGAAGGCACCGAGAAGUACUAUGGCGGUUUCGGCGGCAAGAAAGGAGGUCUUGACAAGCUUGACAAAGCACGUGCUCUUGAGAAGAAGCGUGAGAGGCAACAGCUUAAGCUCGAAGGUGUCGAGGUCGAAGCGAGCGAGGACGAGGAAGAAGACCCCAAGAAGCCCGAGGUUGCUGGACCAGACACUGCCAAGGCGACUGACGGAGCUAAAGUGGCAACUGAAAGUGAUGAUCAACCACCCUGGAUGAAGCUACUGAACAGCAAGAUUGUUGUCAACAAGACUGAGCGUCCUGAAGCCACGACUUCGGGUAAGCCGAUGAGUGCGAGGGAGCGAGCCAUGGCCGCCGCUUCCAAGGUGGACGGAAGGUUGAGCAAGAAGGGCAUGAUUCACGCGGGUCAGCCCAUCGACAACAAGGGCCCAGAUGCCGGUCUGUACCACUCUACCAUUGAGAUUAACGACUUCCCGCAGAAAGCGCGUUGGGCCGUCACCAAUCGCACCAAUGUCGCCAAGAUCCUGGAGCAAACUGGUGUUUCCAUCACUACAAAGGGCAACUUCUACGCGGCAGGCAAGGAGCCUGGUGAGACUGACCUCCCCAAGCUAUACAUCCUCGUCGAGGGUGACACUGAGAACAUUGUGACCAAGGCCAUGAUGGAACUCACUCGCCUCUUGCGUGAAGGUAUCAUUGCAACCGAGGAAUCUUCUGCGGUUCGUCAACCCACGGGCCGUUACAAAAUCUGA